AUGUCCGCUACCGAAACGCAGACCGAGACCGCAACUUGGGUUCAUUACCAUGACGGUGGCAUUCCCGGUCGUCGACGAGUACUCACAGGUACUGCCGCCAAAGACACAUUCAACGCCCUCCCAAAAAUUGACUUCCGUCGCAUUUACUCCGAUAAUCUCUCAGACCGGAAAGAGCUAGCCAAAGAAGUGGGAGCUGCGUGUCGAGAUGUUGGAUUCUUCUACGCGGUGAACCAUGGUGUGGAUGAGGGGUUGCUGAACGACACGUUUGACGCGCUGAAGCGGUACUUUGCAUUGCCAACCGACGUUAAGAUGGAGACACAUAACCAGAAGACGGAGAAAUUUAGGGGGUACGAGGCGUUUCUAGAGGGAAAGUUGGAUCCCAGUACGCGUGGAGAUCUGAAAGAAGGCUUCCUAAUGGGCGAAGACGCCACCGACCCAGAACAACACCGUCCCAUCACCCCGAGCACCUCCACGGCCCGCAACCAAUGGCCCACUCACCCCUCCGCGCUCUUCUGGCGCCCAGCAAUCUACCGCUACUACAACGCCAUGGAAGCCUUCAGUAAACGCAUGCUGCACAUCUUCGCCCUCGCCCUCGACCUGCCAGAGACGUACUUUGACGCCAUAACCACCCAUCCCAUGACCAACGUCCGCGCCGUGCACUACCCGCCGCAAGAAAGGCAGACAGACGUGGGCAUCGGCGCACACACGGACUUCUGCUGGUUCACGCUCGUCUGCCAAUCGCGCACUGCUUAUCCUGCCCUCGAAGUCCUCAAUGCGAAUGGCCUCUGGGUCCCCGUCCACCCGGAACCCAACACAUUUGUCGUCAAUAUUGCAGAUUUUCUCAAGUUAGUCACGGGCGGUACGUGGCAGAGUACUGUGCAUAGAGUGAGGAAUACUGGAGGCGAGCAGAGGUACAGUAUGCCCUUCUUCUUUAGCCCGAAUGAAGAUGCAAAGGUGAGUGUUGUACAGCAUUUGAGGAAGGAAGGCGAGAAGUAUGACGAGUUUGUUGUGGGCGAGUAUUUUCAGAAGAGAUUGGAUAUUGAUCGCACGACGCAUUUGGAUGGGGAGGAUGGGAAAAAUGGUGGGAUCAAGAGAUCGGGGUAUUAA